AUGGAUUUCGAGUCUUCAUCCCAAGCGCGAUUCUGGAUGCUCAAUGAGCUUACGCUGUCUGAAUGCCGAGCAAAAGCAGCAGUGGUUCAGCCUUCGACGAAGAAGAGAGCCCGAAGCUUUGCAUGUGGAUACCGGGACAGAAUCAACGAAAAUAUGGGUUGUUCAUUGGAAGCAAAGUCUAGAAGGAUGAUGCCUUUAGACCAGGAAACUCUGGUUCAUUUUCAUGCUCAUCAAAUUCAACGAUUGAUUGGCCCAAAUGCGAUCUUUCCAGAACUUCAAAGAAGUUCGUCAGUACUGUCCACAGCCAUCAUGCUCUUCCGCAGAUUCUACCUAUCGAAUUCCAUUGUCGACUUUCACCCAAGAGCGAUGGCAGCAGCAAGUGCUCUGCUUGCCGUCAAGGUAGAUUGCGAGCCAUUUUUGGAGAUUGAUGUACUUUCCCAUGCAACAUCCGUCAUCAGCAUUAAGGCUCGAAGCGCAAGAGUUUGUAGGGAUGAGCUAAAGUGGGUCAGCGUUCAGGAGAUCGAGCACGCUGAAAUGGAUCUGAUGAAGGGGUUGGAGUACAGACUUAGGUGUCAUCACCCAUAUGGUGCAAUCAAGAGACUCUCGGAAGAAAUGGCAGAAAUUCUCCGUGACACACGUCCCCAAGAAACUGAGCGCUAUGGGUACAGAUCCUCAUGGUCAAAUUCUAGCGAACUCUACAAGGAGGAGCUGCUCGAAACUCUCUGCGACAGGGCCAUUGCAGUUGCUCAAUCUGCACUAGUCUACUCUGAUGUCAGCUUCUUAUAUGCUCCUGGCAAGAUUGCGUUUGCGGCUGUUGCCAUUGCCUUGGAAGAUUUUGAUCAUUAUAGUCAACUUGGGCCUCGCAUGACAGAAUACCUUCGAAUGCGAUUUCCACACAAGAAGACAACAGAGCUUUCAGACUUUGGAUCGGAAGUCUCUCGAAUCAUUGGUGCCAUUUCCAGCGCACCAGGCAUUGACAUCAAACAUUUUUCCAUUCGCCCCAAUAGCCGCCACAGUAUGGCGAUGCAAAUGCAUGCAAUGGAACUUCGUCGAGUUUUCUCGUUGGUCGCACGUCUUCGAGAGUGCAUCAAGAGAGAUGAAGCUAAGCAAAAACGCCACUUUGCACCAUGCACAGUAGAACCAAGUCCAAAACGUCGCCGCUUGAGCUUCUGCGUCCCGAGCGGCAAUGAGGGCAAGUUUUAUGCAGAUCCAAUAGAACCAGCACGAGUUACACCAGUUCAAACCCCGGCGUACUCGGAAGAACGAAUGCUAUACUACAGCACUUUUGUAUAA